UGAGUGUUGCUGGUCUCACAUUUCUUCUGCGUUGAGCUGCUCAUGAGCUGCCAUGUACAGGCACAGGAGAGCCAUUCAGAAGAGCCGGGGGUCAAAGGUGAGAAGAGCAGAGGGCACCAUGGAGAGUGAGCCGGGCCCCGCCUCCACGGCCAACAGCACCGGCACCACCGCCGUCGCCGCCACCAACUCCCCCUCCGCCGCCGCCACCUCCUCCUCCAGCACCACAGCUGCCAGCAGUAGUAGUACCUCUAACACUACGACUGCUACUACCACUGCUACCACUUCUAGUAGUAGCAGUGGUAGUAGUAGUAACACUAACAGUAGUGCCAGUAGUAGUACUACAGCAGGAAGACAGACAGUGCCUCAGAUAUCUAUUUACAGUGGGAUACCUGACCGACAAACAGUGCAGGUGUUCCAGCAGGCGUUACACAGACCCAACACGGCAGCACAGUACCUGCAGCAGAUGUACGCCGCUCAGCAGCAGCAUCUGAUGUUGCAAACCGCAGCCCUCCAGCAGCAGCACAACCUCAGCAACGCUCAGCUCCAGAGCCUGGCCGCCGUGCAGCAGGCCAGUAUCGCAGCUGGCCGGCAAAGCUCUUCACAGAACGGAACUUCAUCCCAGCAAACGGGAUCAACUCAGGCUACGAUCAACCUGACGACCUCCCCGGCAGCCGCUCAGCUGAUCAGCCGAGCCCAGAGCAUUAGCUCGACGCCCACCAGUAUUUCCCAGCAGGCUGUUCUUCUGGGCAGCCAAUCCAGCCCAACGCUCACGGCCAGCCAAGCACAGAUGUACCUGCGGGCACAGAUGGCGCAGCAGAACAACCUGGUGCAGGUGGCCAGGAGUCUGGGCCGGGCUGUUCCUCUGUCGCCACAGCUCAUCUUCACUCCAACGGCCACGGUGACGGCCGUCCAGUCAGAGAGCUCCUCCUCCUGCCAGAAUCAGGUCCAGAAUCUGGCCAUCCGUGGCCAGCAGGGGGCGACCACGUCCUCCUCUCAGACUCAGACCCUGCAGGCUCUCAGUCUGAAGCAGAGCCCUGUUCCCAUCCAGCCCGCCUCACUGAUCAAGAAUCCCAGCCAAGUGUCGCAUACCUCCGUGGGAGGGAAGGCCGGCUCCUCCGACGGCUCAUCUGAAGCGGGGAGGAAGGGGGACAGCUCUGCGGUCACAGAGGUCCGAGCUAUCAACAUGAGCCGCAAUGUCACGACUAUCAGUGCUCAGCCCCUGAUCGCCCCGGCAUACACACAGAUCCAGCCUCAUUCCCUGGUUCAGCAUCACAAGCAGCAGCAGCAGCAGCAGCAGCAGCAGCAGCAUCAUCAGCAGCAGUUCGUGGUCCAUCAGAGUCAAGCUCCCCAGAGGACCACGGGCCAGCUGCUGCAGACGGCCUCCAUCCAACCGUCCCAGCACCCUGUCCCCGUUCUGCCCAAACCCGCUCCACACCAGCCCUCCAUGCCCAGCCAGCAGGCCACCAUCUUCCACUCCACCAUCAGCCCCCACGCCCUCCACUCCUCCCUCAACCAUGCCAAAGCUCAGCCCGUCCAGCUCACCGCCAUCAACCUACAAAUACAGCCGACGGCCUCCCGACUGGUUCAGGACAGUAAAGAUAAGCCGACCUCUUUGGUGGUCAGAGAAACGUGUCCAGCCCCCCCCACGCAGCCUCAACAGCAGCCACAACAACAGCAGCAGCAACAACAGCAGCAACAACAGCAGCAACAACAGCAGCAACAACAGCAACAACCUGCGCCUUCGCCAUCACAACCACCCAAACCUGUAGAGCAGCCCAAGGUCACUCCAGCCACACCAGCUGUUCAGCCACAAGGAGGGGUCUCAACCAAGAGGCCGAUCGCUGCACCUGUGACCCCUCCUCUGGCCAUGACCUCGGGGAACGAGAGCCCGGGGCCCACCGUGACGGGCAGCGUGCCGCAGAACGGGGAGAACAAACCGCCGCAGGCCAUCGUCAAGCCCCAGGUCCUCACGCACGUCAUCGAGGGCUUCGUCAUCCAGGAGGGAGCCGAGCCGUUCCCCGUGUUUGUGGAGCGUCUGCCCAUUCUCAUCGACAGCCCAAAGAAGCUGGAUCAUCAGCUCUCCUCUGACCCCGACAAAACCCCCGUCAGCAACGCAGCCAACAGCGACUCUGAGACCGAGGACAUGAACCAGUCAGAAAAAGAGCAAGAGCCCAAGCUGACGUGUGAAUACUGCGGAUGGGUGGACUUUGCCUACACGUUCAAAGGCUCUAAACGAUUCUGCUCCAUGGUUUGUGCGAAGAGGUACAACGUGGGCUGCACGAAGCGGAUUGGCCUCUUCCGUCCAGAGAGAAGUAAACCGACCAGUCGCUGGCGUAGAAGAUCUCCGGGUCGCUCAAAUGUAGAGGCGAAGAAGCAGAAGCUUCCUCCAUCGCCGCAGCAGACUCAGGGCGGCUCUGUGUCCUCACCGCAUCCCUCGCAGCCCAGUCAGGAGGAGUCCAGCCCGUGUUCGGACAUGUCCAGCUACGAGGAGCCGCCGUCCCCUCUGUCGGCGGCCAGCUCGGGGCCCCUGCCUCCAGCUCCGGCGCCGGCUCAGGUCCCCGUCCACCGGCAUCCGAGCAGGGCCUCCGACCAGGACGUCUGCGCUGUCAGAGACGCGCCGUCGCCCUGUCAGCGCUUCUUACCCAACGACCCCACCAAGUGGAACGUGGAAGAAGUUUACGAGUUCAUCCGGUCGCUGCCAGGUUGUCAGGAGAUAGCAGACGAGUUUCGCUCUCAGGAGAUCGAUGGACAGGCCUUGCUCCUGCUGAAGGAGGACCACCUCAUGAGCACCAUGAACAUUAAACUGGGACCCGCGCUCAAGAUCUUCGCACGCAUCAACAUGCUCAAAGACUCUUAGCAGGAAAGAAUGUUGGUGUGUGUUUUCGCACACACGCGUGUGUCGAUCUUGUUGGCGUCUAUUUUCGUGAGUGUGUGUGAGAGAAGAGCAGAGUGUAAAACUAAAUUAUGAUUAUUCCUUCAUGAAUAUUACGACUGUAUCGCUGCACUAUGACCCCGCCUUCUCCCCACUACUGGACUGGUUCGUUUGAAUCCCACUCUUGAUGGCGCUCGUACUCACAGGCAUCCGCUCAAUAACCACAUGAGCUUUGUCAUUCGCAGGACUGAUUGGUGGUUUUUAUUAGAGCUUCAGCUCGAGCAAUGGAAGCUGUGAGUCUGUGUUUACAUUCACUCAUAGGGACAAAAAUCAGGAGCCACAGUGAGAAUUUUGCCAUAUUCCAAAAUGUGAUGCUUUCUUGUCUGGAUAAAGAACAAGGCAUGUUAACGCUAGGUGUAAAUGCUUUAGGGCUGUCAUGAUUGGCCAUAAAAUGACUUUCUGAUAUUCGUUCUUAAGAAACACAUUGGUUCGAACGAUAAAAAAAGUUUUGUCCAAGACACUGUGUCCUAACUGGGCGGGAGUUUUAAGCUGAACUUUUGUCAGACGCCUUGGUUCUGUUGCUUUCUUUGACGAGGAACAGCUGAUUAGGUGAAGUUGAAAUGAGCAGCUGGAGGGAGAUCAGCAGGGCGCUGAAAGCUUCUUUUUGCUGUUUGCUAUAUUGUUUGUCAUUUCCAGUAAAUGUCACAAUAUACAAUGUGUGUUUUCUGUUUAAAAAGAACAAACGUGGGAAUAUAAAAAAAGGUACAACUCACCCACCUUUUUCAGUAGUGGCGUCUCUAGUCUGAUCUGAAGCGAACAGCUGAUAGGUGGUUUGUUUACAUGACGUAAUGUAAAGCUUGCUGUUAGGACACGGCGUCUAUCUCUCUGUGGCAGAGCUCUUCUCCCCCCACCACCACCACCAAUCGAAUAUUCAAAUACGUUUUUUUCUUUGGCAUUUCUUGACCUGAGACAUGCAGUGUUUCGUACUUAUUUUGCAUUUUGAGAUCUUACCAUAAUGAGGGCAGAUCCUCGAUAACAAAAGCGCUUAUUAAUACCAGGUGAGGAUGCUAAGGUCUUUAUUAAAUGUCACUGUCCAAAUAACACGUCUAGAUACGGAUUCCUAGAUAAUAGCAGGUGUUAAAAGCGGACUUGGAUUUGGCCAUUGGAGGAAAAAAAUGUAAUGAAAGUUGCCGUGCCAAAGUGCACCACAGCUCAGUUGUGCCCGAGUCGGGUCAUUCUGCAUCACAGUUGUUAAUGAAUUAUGGCAUUGAGACAAACAUGAGUGAAGUCUGAAUGAAUUAUUAUUAUAUUAUUAUUAUUAGAGAUGGGGUUUUUUUGUACAGUUUUGUUAGCGUGAAUGAAAGAGAGACAUUUCUCUUUGUAUAUGUGGCUGGGAACAGAAAAUUGCAUUCAUUAAUUUUCUCAUUUUUAUUCAGUAGGUCCUUUUGCCUUUUCGAACAAUGAGCCUCACAGCUCUCUGAUACAAAGCCUGGAUGCAGAGAAACCGUUUACGCAACAGUUUUCUUUUGUGACAUCGAUUUCUCUUUCAUGUAGAUUUAAACAGCUUACAAAUGCUUUUUCAGAGCUUUUUCAAAAUAAUAUACAAUAAUAUGACAUUGAUUUCUUGUCUCAGUUUCAUAGGAAGACACUAAGUUAUCUGAGGAACAAUUCGGGGUCUGCUGCUCUCUUCACACAGCCCGAUUUAUGGCACUUAUUCUCCUUUUUAUUUGCUUUAAUGUUUAAGACACUCCACCUCAAGUGAGAGCAGAAUUUUUGCAGCAAUGCAAACAGGUUUAUAUAUACAUAACAGCUUGACUGAGGGGAAGGACUGAAAGUGUGAUGCUGUUUUCUUUAAGUUAUCCUUUUUAUUUUUAAACAGAAAUUUAAUGAUGUUCAAUAUUUUUAAAUAUGCAAAUGUAUAAAUAUCAUGGCCUGGGAGUUGUUUUUUAAUGUUUUUUUUUUUUUGUCUAAUGAAAUAUGUUUAAAUCUAUUUGUGUUUUGUGGCUGUGAUGGAAGGUCAACCUUUUUUUAGAUAAGGCUUUGUCAAAUGCUUGUAUUUAUCAAAAAAAACAGUUUGUUACACAACAUUUUGCAAUUAUAAAUAAUUUGCAAUACA